AUGGCGCCUCUGACCGAGUCAGGCCUCCCCAGGCUAUCGGCAGGUUCUGAACAAGAUGCCGACCCCCGAUUGACCGAGACUAUGGCCCCAGAGCCUGUCGAACGCGUCCCCCCGCAGCGCGCUCGCUGGUAUACAACAGAGCAGCCCUGCUCCCGAGACGAGGCCGUCGCGCCCAUACAAGCUCAAACACCGACGCCCGUGCAGCUCUCAGGAACCACUGCAGACCCCGAGAAAGAUGCAGACCCAGCCUUGACCGAAACUCUCGCACCACAACCCGUCUCCCCAGUCUCCUCCCACCGGCAAAGAUGGUACUCCCCCGAGCAAGAGCCCGAAGCCGUCGCGCCAGAGCCUGCGCCAACACCAGCGCCAGCAGGCAAAGCGCCCUCCGAACCACUCUCCAAACAUGCAACCCAACUCUACACAAUCUCCUACCUAAUAUUCUUCUCCCUCCUCGGCACCCUCGCCCGCCUAGGCCUCCAAGCCCUAACAUUCUACACGGGCGCCCCGGUCGUGACGGGCGUCCUCUGGGCCAACGUCACGGGUAGUCUAAUAAUGGGCUUCCUAACCGAAGACAAGAACCUUUUCCAACAAGAAUGGGGCAAACCCACGACCCCGCCACCAAAAGACACCCACGAAGCCGCCCAGCAUGCGAAAAACCACAAAGCCGUGAAAAAGACUAUCCCACUCUACAUCGGCCUGACAACCGGCUUCUGCGGAUGCUGUACCUCUUUCUCGAGCUUCAUGCGCGACGUCUUUCUCGCGCUGGCAAAUGCCCUGCCAGAUCCGUCUCUACCGGCCGGCGCAGGAAUCGCAUCCCGCAAUGGCGGGUAUAGUUUCAUGGCGCUCGUCGCUGUGUUGCUACUCACCGUGUCGCUGAGUCUAUCAGCGUUGAUUUUCGGCGCACAUCUCGCGCUGGGUCUGGCGCGGGUUACGCCUACCGUGCCAUUCGCGCUGACGCGCCGCGUCGUAGACCGUGUCAUGGCCCCUCUAGCCUGGGGCUGCUGGCUCGGCGCCGUAUUCCUAGCGAUCUGGCCACCGGACCGACACGGCGCGGAUACCUGGCGCGGACGAGCAGUGUUUGCACUGGUAUUCGCGCCACUGGGGUGUCUGGGCCGAUUCUACAUAUCCAUGCUACUGAAUAGCAGGGUCCCCUCGUUCCCGUUGGGGACGUUUGCGGUAAACAUGCUCGGCACGGUGGUAGAAGGAUUAUGCUAUGAUUUGCAGCAUGUCUCUGGUCUAGGUGCCGUGGUGCCGGCGGCGUUGACGGGGUGUCAGGUUUUGCAGGGUGUUAUGGAUGGGUUUUGUGGGAGUUUGACGACGAUUAGUACGUGGGUGGCGGAGCUGAAUGGGGUUGCGAAGAGGAGACAUGCGUAUUUUUAUGGGGUUGUUAGUGUUAUGGGUGGAUUGGGAUUUUUGGUGGUUAUUAUGGGGAGUUUGUUGUGGACUAGAGGGUUUGAUGAGCCGGUUUGUGGGUGA